GCUGUUCCGCUGCUUCGGGAUCAGAAGACGCAAAUCAAGUGAAACAAAUCUCUUGACAGAAGAAAAGUUCAUGCCGGAGUUCUGAAAUUCUUUUGAGGGCCACAUGAAGUCCAAGAUGAACAUGGAGAAUCUGACCAAGUCGGAGUUACUGAUGCUUUUCAGCAUCCUGGAGGGAGAGCUGGAGGCGCGGGACCUUGUCAUUGAAGCACUAAAGGCCCAGCAUAAAGGGCUGCUAAUCCAGGAGCGCUACGGAAGAUACAACCUCAGCGAUCCCUUUCAGGCUUUGCAGAGAGACAGCGAGGCCGUCGGGGGCCAGAACAAGGAACCCGCCUGUUCGUCCGCCACGUCCAACCCGCUGGUGGUGCUCAAGAUGGUGGUGAGCCACUGCAGGAGGAUGCAGGAGAAGAUGCUGGCCCAGCUGGCGGCAGCCGAGAGCAGGCACAGACGGGUUAUUGCAGACCUGGAGGAGGAGAAGAGGAGGCAUGCCGAGGACACGGCCGAGGGAGACGACGUCACCUAUAUCCUGGAGAAGGAGAAGGAGCGUCUGCAGCAGCAGGUAAACAGCCACAACGGAGAUGUCACCGAAAAGGGGGCCCGCACGACCGCGGCACGUAAAAAACGACUGUAUGUCCGUUGUCUGCGCGCGCAGCUGGAAUUCGAGCGGAGCCAAGUCCGCCGGCUGGAAAGAGAGCAGCGGCGGGUAACCGAGCAGAUUGAGGAGGAACGGGCUCAGCACAAACAGUUCUCCUGCGCUUUGGCCAAAGAGUGCAAGUGGGCGAGCGCCAGGGCUCUGGAGGAGGGUCACCGGCUGACUGAGCUGAGCCGCAGACUUGACAAGGAAAAAGAAGCCUGUCAGGCCCUGAGAAAGGAGCUGGAGGACGAGCGGGCGAGAGCUCUGAGGAUGGAAGCGAGGGUGGAGGAGCAGCUGGCGGAGUUCGACACUGAGCGCGAGCAGCUCCGCUCACGGCUCAAGAAGGAAGAAGCACACUGCUGUCAGCUGCAGCAGCAGGUAGAAGAACUUGAGAGGAAGCUGGAGGACGCGUACACGAUGAAAGAAACGAGAGGAGCCGAUCCGGCACCAUUGGAAGCAGUGGGAAAAGAGUGGGCCACAAAGGUUUCCCCAGGAAAGACGUUAGUGGACGAGAUGAAGGUUGAAGACAUGGAGGACGACGGCAACCAGCCCAAAGUCAAUGGUCACCAUCAUUUAGAUGAAGUCGACGGGCUUCACAGGUCAGGCGACGUCCUCCCAGGAAACACGUCCCAGCAGAACGGGAAUGAGAAUCAGACGCCAGCGUCCUCCUGCAGUGACGCUCCCCCGGCGCCCGCUCAGUCCUCACCCUGCGUGUCCCCCGUCCUUCCCCAACGCGCCCCCGGCAGCCCGGGCCCCGGCAGCUACCAGUCCCCGUACCAGGCCGGGAUCCACCAGCGUUUCCACGCCGCACGCCACAAGUUCCAGGGCACCGCCGACCCGGAGCCGCAGCCCCAGACCGCACCGCCCGCGCCCCCCGUCCCGCCCAGAGACCUCCCCCCCGCGGCCGGCAGCCCCUCCCCCGAGCCCAGCCCGGUCAAGCAGAUGGCCCGCAGCACGGUCACGCAGGUUCUGUCUCGCUUCACCACCGUCCAGCAGAGCGUCACGGCCAAGCUCAGCACGCCCAAUAACUCCCCGUUCGGCACGGACUACCGCAGCCUGGCGGCCCCUCUGUCCCCGGUCAUCGGCAGGGCCGCGGGCGGGUCACCUCACGGGAUCCGCUCACCCACCGUCCCCAGGGUGGACAGGGGCAACCCUCCGCCCAUUCCCCCAAAGAAGCCCGGCCUGAUCCAGGCCCCCACGUCCCCGGCAGCCACGUCCAAACCCGCCGGCCAUUUCUCUGAGGGCCACCUCUCCAGCAGCUGCGGCCUCACCUCCACCCAGGACGGUGUGAAGGAGCUGGACAUGGUGGUUUCAUCCAAUUAA